GUCUUGACGCGGAAGAGAGGGUUUGCUUGCGUUGGGGCAGUGUUGAAGCGUUUUCCCUGAAAUCGGGUGCGUGUGUUUCGAGGGGGGUUUCUGAAAUCAAAGGCAGGAUGCAGAGGGUGGAGACGUCAAAUCGGUCUUCAUUCGGAAGAGAGGAGAGGGUGUGUGUCGAGGCCGUGUUGAAGUGUUUUCCCUGAAUUCAAGC